GUGACAGACACAUGCAGAGAGUGGAGAUCCGGGAGCGGAGCGCCUGAAAGGAGCGCCCGACAGCUGCGCACAGCCAUCGCCUUUCAGGUUGAGGUGAAAGAUCGCGAAAAGGACAAAGGAUACAUAUUCACAAUCUACAACCAAGAUGGCUUCAGCCAGAGAUCCAGCAGCCGGUCCAGAGCAGAGAGAUGCAGCCGACCAAAACUUUGACUACAUGUUCAAGCUGCUGAUCAUCGGCAACAGCAGCGUGGGAAAGACCUCCUUCCUGUUUCGCUUUGCAGACGACUCCUUCACUUCAGCCUUUGUCAGUACAGUGGGCAUCGACUUCAAAGUAAAGACCAUCUACAGGAAUGACAAGAGGGUCAAACUACAGAUCUGGGACACAGCAGGGCAGGAGCGUUACCGGACCAUCACUACAGCCUACUACAGGGGAGCCAUGGGAUUUCUACUAAUGUAUGACAUCACAAGUCAGGAGUCGUUCUGUGCUGUACAGGACUGGGCAACUCAAAUUAAGACAUACUCAUGGGGCAAUGCUCAGAUAGCGCUGGUUGGCAAUAAACUGGACUUGGAGGAAGACAGGCAGGUCUCCACUGAAGAUGGACAGAGACUGGCUACAGAGCUUGGCUUUCAGUUCUUUGAGGCCAGCGCUAAAGACAACAUCAACGUGAAGCAGGUCUUUGACAAGCUGGUAGACGUCAUCUGUGAGAAGAUGAACGAGACCCCCAACGGAGAGGCCGGUCAGACAGCCAAUCACAAAGGAGCUGACCUGAGUGAAAAGCCCCGCGUCAGCCAGGGGGGCUGCGCCUGCUGAUAGCUGACAGUGGAAACACACAAAAAGCCUGUUAAAAGUCAAACACACAUAUACAUUCAGAUUAACUGUAAGAUAUCUGUCAUUGUGAAUGUACUUUAACUUAUGUUACUGCAAUACUGUUAACUGUACUGUACUGUACUGUUACUGUUGACCCCCCUAUCUUUAUCUUUUACCUUUUCAUCAGUAUUUCAUGGCUGUCUGAAUGUGACUGUUACACUGAGAUGCCAAAGAGCUGCUGUGCCUUUCUCCCCCGAACCUCCUCUGUAGCAUUUCUUUACUGGUGAAUGUACAGCACCUGUUGCUGUUGAGUCUGUCAGUGAGAGACAGCAGCCAAAUCAGCGUGGCAUGAUUUUCUUGAGUCGUGCUGCCCUCUUGUGGGAUUUUCAUGUUAAAACAUCACUGUGACUUGACCACAUACUGUGCAGCCUUUGAUUUAGUACUGCUGCUGAGGGACAGGACUCCUGACUGCUCAGUACAAAGUCAAACCUACUUGAAAGGUGCUGCGUCAUUCCAGGUAUAUGCUCAGAGUCCUUAAGAGUAAUUAUCACAGAUCUCCUUUGCUUUUUAUUUAUAUUUUCUGUUGUUGCUUUCUUUUUGUCUUUUUUUAUGAUAAAUGCAAGUUCAAUUUCUGAGUCACCAGA